AUGAGCAUAUUAAGUAAAAAAUCAUUAUUAAAAACAGCUAUUGUAAUGUUGUUAUUAAUUUGUGUGUCAAGUGCAUCUUUUGCUUUUGAAAAAGGUGCAAGCAACAGUGAGAAUGAGCAUAAAAAUGAAAAAAAACAGCAGUGUUAUGUAGGUUUGACCGUAGGUCAAAAAUUUCAUCCUUUGCAUGACUUAGUGAACAAAUUAUUAAGUGCCUCUGCUGGUUGUAAACUUGAAGAUUUUAGUAUUGAGAUUGAGAAUAUGGCUCCAACGAGUGUAGACGAAGGCAUCCCCAAUCUUGUGCUAAUGACAAAUGGUUACUAUCACUUUAAUAAUAGCAGUCUUUUUACUCCAUACAUUGGUUUUGGUGUAGGAUUAGGCCAAUUAAGCCGAUUCAUCAAUUCUGACACGAAAGAUGAUUUCAUAAAAGCUUAUCAGGGAAAGUUUGGUUUAAGCUAUCGUUCAACUAGUUCAACUGAGAUAUCUUUUGGUUACAAAUUUCUUGGUUUGCUAAAGAAUACUCCUAAGGUAAAGCAGCGUCAAGAUUAUGAUAGAUAUCAUUCUCAUUCUCAUAUAGUAGAAAUUGGAUUCAG